GCGUGAGGCGAUGGCGGGCCGGUGUUUGGCGCAGCAGCUGGAGCUGCUGCUGGACCCGCGGCCGCGCGAGGCGGACCCCGAGGCGGACCCGGAGGAAGCCACUGCCGCCCGUGUAAUCGACAGGUUUGAUGAGGGUGAAGAUGAGGAAGGAGUUGCCCUGGGCGUGGGCAGCAUUAGGAAGCGAGCAUCCGUGUCCCUUUUAGACGCUGACAAGCGUUAUUCGGGUAGGGCUACUUCUCGCAAAGCAUGGAAGGAAGACCAGUGGAAGGAGAUUCUGCCAGGAGCAUCAGACAAGGACACAUCAGAUGAGGAAGAGUCAGGUGAUGAAGGCACAGGGAAUCUAGGCCUGGUGGUGUCUGACGAGGAACAGAUUAGUGCUGCCGAAGAGGAGGAGGAGGAUGAAGAGGUUGAUGAUGAAGAUAGCACCUUAGAAGACGAAGAUGGAGAGGAAAGGGAACACUCAUCCCAUGGCUUCAGUGCCCAAAACAUCAGCGAUUUUGAGAAGUUCACUGAGGGAAUGGAUGAUAUUGGGAGUAGUGAGGAAGAGGAGGAAGAAGGCAGCCUGGAAGGUUCUGGUGAAGAAUCUGAUGUUGAAAUUGAGACGAGUGCCACCACAGUCAAGAAAGACAAAGAUGAUGGGGCAGUGAUGACUUUUUCUAGUGCCAAAGUGACAGAGGAAAUGGAGAAAGGAAGAGCUGUGAAGAACCAAAUAGCGUUAUGGGACCUGCUUUUGGAAGGAAGAAUCAAAUUGCAGAAGGCCCUGCUCACCACCAACCAGCUUCCACAGCCAGAUACGUUCCCCAUAUUCAAGGACAAGGGAGGAUCAGAGUUUGCCAGCAUCCUGAAAAACAAUCACAAGGCACUUAAAGCAUUAUUGAGGUCUCUGGUGGAUCUUCAGGAUGAACUGCUUUACCAGCAUCCAGACACGAGGCACCUGGUAGAUGGGAAAAAAACCAAAGCAGAGAGUGAGGAGGAAAUUUCCAGUGAAGAGGAGGGACAGCAGCAGCAGCGGAGGAAAGGGCCACCUAAGCGGAAGCUAGAGAUGAGCGACUACCCUGACUUCAUGGCAAAACGCUUUGCUGACUUCACAUCCUAUCGUAACCGGAUGCUGCAAAAAUGGCACGACAAAACCAAAUUGGCCUCUGGCAAGCUGGGAAAGGGUUUUGGAGCCUUUGAGCGCCCAAUCCUGACUCAGAUAGAUCAUAUUCUGAUGGACAAAGAGAGAUUACUUCGGCGGACGCAGACUAAGCGCUCUUUGUACCGUGUUCUUGGCAAGGCCGAGCCAGAAGUCCAGCCUAUCCCUGACAGUGUGCCAGGACAGCAGGAGAUUUUGCCUCAGGCUCCAGCCAACGCUCACUUGAAGGACCUGGAUGAAGAGAUCUUUGAUGAUGAUGACUUUUACCACCAGCUUCUGCGAGAACUUAUAGAACGGAAGACCAGUUCCUUGGAUCCGAAUGAUCAGGUGGCAAUGGGCAGGCAAUGGCUGGCUAUUCAGAAGUUACGGAGUAAAAUUCACAAGAAAGUGGAUAGGAAAGCCAGCAAAGGAAGAAAACUCCGGUAUCAUGUCCUUAGUAAGCUGCUGAGCUUCAUGGCACCUAUUGACCAGACUACAAUGAAUGAUGAUGCCAGGACGGAGCUGUUUCGAUCCCUUUUUGGCAGAGUCACCCCUGCUGAAGAAGAUCAGCAGAAUUAGCACCCUUUCCCCCCAUCAUCCUUACCCCAAGCCCCCAAUCCGGCCCUGUGACUUCCCUUCCGUGUGGAUGCCCUGGAGAGACAAGAGAUUCCCAGUUGCCCCGAACCACAACCCAGUUGACUCCCGGCGUUGACCCCCAGCAGAGGUGAUGGUGGUACCCAACCUUCCUCCGAGAGGCGAAGUUAAGGUGGGAGCUGGCUGAGUCCCAGGGAAGGACCACCGCCUUGGGCACGAUCUCAGGGAGCCCCGUGACCCCCGGAUCGCAGAGAGCUGGGCGCCUCGCUUCUAGGCCUCAGUUGCUUCGGGUGUCCGAGGACUUCCUGAAAAUGCACAGUGGACACUGUUACUCCGUUUGGUUACCGUUGUGUGAAGCUGAUAAUAAACGUUUGGUGAGCACCGGUA